UUUAAACUCUGCUUCUCGACCAUUGUUGAAGCGUAUUAUUUUCAAAUAAAUAAUCCAUCUAACCUAUCGAUGAAAUAUAUUUAUUUGAAAAUAAAAGUAUAUUUCUGAUCCGUCAUUGAGUUACACUAUUUGAAGUUAGAGGGCCGACAGUCCAGUGUUCGGCGGAAUUAACGGGACGAGUGCCAUACCAAAGUAUUUAUUACUGAGAAAUAAAAAUUCAUCGGAGACCUGAUACGUUAAAUUAUAUUAUUAAAGAGUAAAAAUAAACUGAAUAGUCUCCAGAAUAUUUGAAGCAAAAUCUGAAGGAAGCAAAAAUGAGGUUAAUAUCGAGCUUGUUACAACGUAGCAUGGGGGAGUGGUCAAAAAAAUAUGCAAAUUUACCAGACUCCUAUAUUAAACGAUGUUUCGAACAGUUUGAUUGGAAAACACCCCGUGGAAAACCCAAUUAUUUGCCACGUACAAUUGGAAGGAAACGAUUUUAUUUCUCUAUACAUCGUCCAUGGACUUCGCAGUUUCGUCGUGAUAAUUUAUAUGGUCAUAAUCGCAAAUUCAUCCAUGUUGAACCCAUUAAGAACUGGUCCUUUUUUCGUGGUGACAGGGUGGAAAUUUUAGUAGGAACGGAUAAAGGAAAGCAAGGAAUCGUAAAAGAGAUCUACCAAGAAAGGAAUUGGGUCAUUGUCGAAGGACUUAACACAAAGUUGAAUGUCAUUAUGAAAAGCAGAAAUUUUCCUGGUUUAUACAUGCGACAGGAGCUACCAUUAUUAGUAACCACAGAUGUGCAAUUGGUUGAUCCUUCAGACAUGCAAGGAACACCAAUAGAAUGGCGGUACACGGAAGAUGGCAAGCAUGUACGCGUAUCUGUGAGGACUGGUAGAAUAAUUCCUAUACCUUUCUCCAGUGAAGAAACGAAAGAUUACAAAAGUGCUAAAUUAUACGUAGAACAACCGAAAGAUACAGUCAGAGAUGAAGUGUUAACAGUAACUUUUAAGCCGGAGUUAAGGACUUUUGAGAUGGAUAUCAUGGAGAACAUGGGUAUUAAAGAAGAUCGUGUUCCAAAGAAAUGUUAUUGGUAUUGAUCAUUGCUAUAUACAAUUUGCUGUUAUUAUGGUUUUUAAUGUACAACUAUAAUAUUUAAUAAAUAUAUUAAGCGAACACAAAGAAAUUGAAACAUAGUCAUUUUUCAAUAUAACAUCACGUAAGAAAACAAUUCUUUUUUUCUUACACAAUUCGAAUGGAAAGGAUUGUUCCCAUGGAUGGAUUCAAUGUAAUUCAUCCGGAAAAUUUUAACGUGUAUUGCGUGAGAAAUUUUGUCUUCAGCAUAAACUAUAUUAUAAAGAGUGUCGCUGUUUACAAUAUGUUUUACACGUAUGGUAGAAAGAAUGUGAUAAAAAAAGCACAUUCGUAACAUUAAACAUUACGAAAGCAAAUAGCUGAAUAUUUCAUAAUGAAUUUAUACAGUAGUUUAAGAAAUAUCUAAUAAUAUCGCGAUUAAUUUCUUCUUUUUUAAUCAGCAACUGUUUACGCUAAAUCGUGACACUCACAUAUAUAUCACAGCACGAAUUUUAAUAAAUGCAAAUCCAAAAAAGCAAUUCAUAUUAUGUUUAAAUAUAUUCCAAUAUAUAUGUAUAUGUAUAUACAUAUACAUAUACACACCUUUAUAUUAAUAAUAUAUAUUUGUUAUAUAUAUUAUACAUAUGACACCUCUUUCCCUUAGCUCUGCGCGGUUUCAGUUAUGCAGUUCCAAUUACGAUUGAAAGUAAAUUAAUGCUAUUAUGAUUUAACGUUGAUUCACACACGCGCACACACAA